AUGCCCGCCCAAGAUGAGCAUAACGGGGCCCACGGGUCUCCGCAUACCAUCACCGACCGGCUGUACCGAUGGUGUACCGCCCCGGACAGCGUCUCCGCGCUUCUGGCUGCGGACCCGUCGUUGGCCCCCGGCGAGGCAUUCGCCAAGAUAUACGGCCACCAUGCCAGAAAAACCAGCGUCGACAUCCGUGACAUUGGGAAGGGCGCUGUCGCCCAGGAUGAGUUGCAAAGAGCCGAGCACUGCGGGAAAUGGGGCUCUCACAAGCCGGACGAUCUGUUUCUUAGGGUGUAUCAUGAUGCGCUGUGCACCCUUGAACAUAAUCCAGCUCAUGGGAUGGCCAGCCCGUCCCUCAUGGGGAGCAGUGGCACUAUGCCGUUGACUAUCAUCUCCGUCAUUCCGGACAUCGUGAGACACAUGUCGAACCUCAUAGUCCGAGCCGAGAAGGAAGUUUUCCUGGCGACGAACUUCUGGCAGAACAGCGUGGCAUCCAAGUAUAUCACGAAUGCGAUGAAAGAGCUCUCCCGUCGGGCCGGGGAGAGGGGCACUAAGAUCGUCAUGAAGGUCAUGUACGACCGCGGCAGCGCCAAGCAGCUUCUCGAACCACACACUAUCGUGCCCGAGAAGGAAUAUACCGGCAAGGCCGUGAACCUGCCGGCCAAACACGAGAUUCCAAACAUCGAUCUGGAGGUUAUGAACUUUCAUGAUCCGGUGGUUGGCACCUUCCAUGCAAAGUACAUGGUCGUCGACCGUAGAAUCGGGGUUGUGCAAAGUAACAACAUACAGGACAAUUGUAACAUGGAGAUGAUGGUACAGGUCGAGGGGGCCAUUGUGGACUCGUUAUACGAUAUGGCAUUACUCAGCUGGCAUAAGAAGAUGGACCCGCCAUUGCCAUGUCUGAAUUCCCCAGCUGCAUCCGCUACUGCUGAUGGAGGAGUGGGAAGCUUCGGUGCAAGCCAUGCUAGGAUUUUCACCUCUGAGGGCACCCUCAACGGUCACUCGGCUGUUAUAGACCCGAGCAAGAUGGCGCAGAGACAAGCCUACGGCACCGAGGCGGAUGGCAAGCCAAGGCCAAAGAGAGACUCGGGUCUUGGCGCUGACGCUGUUGGGCCAUCCACUAUAGAGAACACUCUACAUCCUGUCAAUGGUGACAGCAUGGAUCACAGGACUCAGGAUCGCCAGCACGACUGUGUUGCAGAUCAUUGCGGGUACCAUGGAUCUUCAUCAAGCAACGCUCAGGCGACGGCGGAGUACCUAGGCGAUAAUGGGAGCCAAGCCAUCCCAGAACCCCAGAUUGCCAACCCCUCGCCAGCCGGCCGUCUCCUGCCAGAGCACACAUCAGGCGACCCUCACUACGACGUCGACAUCGCCGGCGAAGUCGCCCGCGUCCAGACCUCCGUCUCCGCCCACCCCGACGAGACGCAGAUGCAAGCAGUAGAGCGCCACCUCAACCACACCACUAACAAGGGCUUCCACAGCGGCCAUCCCGCCUCCGACUGCGACCCAGCCGACGAGAUGACACCAUACGUCCCGCAUCCGACGCACGACGCCUUCCCCAUAGCGCUGGUGAACCGACCGCCCUACGGCCCGCCAAACCACCGCGCCGUCUCCAACCCGCAGAACGCCACCUGGCUCUCAGGGCUGCGCAACGCGCGCAAAAACGUCUUCAUCCAGACGCCCACCCUCAACGCCGAGCCCCUCGUCCCGGCCAUCGCCGAGGCGUGCGAGCGCGGCAUCGACGUGCACUGCUACGUGUGUCUCGGCUACAACGACACGGGCGAGCUCCUGCCCAAGCAGGGCGGCCACAACGAGAUGAUCGCCAACAAGCUCUACAAGCAGCUGUCGCCCGCGGCGCGCUCGCGCCUGCACUGGUCGUGGUACGUCGCCAAGGACCAGACGCGGCCGAUCGUCGCGAAGCAGAGCCGCCGCUCCUGCCACAUCAAGCUGAUGAUCGUCGACGAGCACGUCGGCGUCGUCGGCAGCGGCAACCAGGACACGCAGUCGUGGUUCCACAGCCAGGAGGUCAACAUCCUGCUCCAAUCGGCGGACGUGUGCCGCUCGUGGAUCGACGGGCUGAGGCGGAACCAGAACACGCAUCUGUUUGGGGCUGUGGGGGGCGAGGAUGGCGUGUGGAGGGACGAGGAGGGGAAGGAGGUGGAUGGCGCGAUGGGGGUUGAUCCGGGGCGGUUUGCUUGGACGAAGGGGUUUGUAGGGGCCAUUAAGCGGGUGCAGGGUACGGGGGACUUCUGA